UGACUCCGUAUACCCGGCCCAUAUUCGAACCGAAGAAGCUCCGGGAUUCAACGGAAGCGUAGCUCGCUCGAAGGAAGCUUCGGCUUUCUCGUCCAUGACUGCCCGCCGCUUCAGUGGGGGCUUCUCUCUUUCCUCGCUUCGAAUUCAAAUCUUCCCUUAUCUUUGAAGCGAGCCCAGAAUGCUUAUAAAUGAUGAUGUCCGCUUCAUUUCGUCUUCCAUUAAAAUCCCCCGUCCUCCCAAAACCCCAACCCUUUGUUUCGAAAGCAUACGUUCUCAAAUCCUUCACACUGGAAACUCAAUAGCACUAUUCCUUGAUUCUAUUAGAAGCACUCCAUCGUUGUCUCAGAAGGCAAAGUGGACUAGUCCAGCCCCGAGUGUUUCGGAAGAAAGGAUUAAAUCUUCUUUUUUUGGUUCAGCAUCGUUAUCCUUGAGUGGUUCUGGGACUGGUGACAAGAGAGCGUUGAAAGGAACGUCACCUAUUCUCUGUUCAGUUUCAUUGGCAUUGGCAGAGUCGGGCCAAUCAGGACCAGAGGGGAAGGAAGCUCCACAGAAGGGGCACGCUUCAAGUCGACAGAACGAAGAUAGGGUGCUGAUCAGUGAGGUGCUUGUUAGAAACAAGGAUGGAGAUGAGCUUGAAAGAAAGGACCUCGAGAUGGAGGCACUUCAGGCCCUCAAAGCUUGCCGACCCAACUCCGCUCUCACUGUGCGCGAGGUCCAAGAGGAUGUCCAUCGCAUCAUUAAUAGUGGGUAUUUCUGCUCGUGCAUGCCAGUUGCAGUUGAUACGCGUGAUGGCAUCAGAUUGAUAUUUCAGGUAGAAGCAAAUCAAGAAUUCCAAGGUUUGGUAUGUGAAGGAGCUAAUGUUCUUCCAGCAAAGUUUCUAGAAGAUUCAUUUCGGGAUGGAUAUGGGAAAGUUAUCAAUCUAAGGCGACUGGAUGAAGCAAUAUCAUCCAUCAAUGGCUGGUAUAUGGAGCGUGGUCUUUUUGCUAUGGUUUCAGCUGUUGAGACUCUCUCAGGGGGUAUCCUGAGAUUGCACGUUUCAGAAGCUGAGGUCAAUAAUAUCUCCAUACGGUUUCUUGAUAGGAAAACAGGUGAGCCUACUUUAGGGAAGACAAAGCCAGAAACAAUACUCAGGCAAUUUACAACCAAGAAGGGGCAGUAUGAUUCAGGAAAAAGAGAUGUAGAGACUGUAUUAACUAUGGGAAUCAUGGAAGAUGUUAGCAUUAUUCCUCAGCCAGCUGGUAAUAAGUACUAAUGAAAAAUGGAUACAGGGAAGGUUGAUUUUGUGAUGAAUGUGGUGGAGCGUCCUAGCGGAGGAUUUUCAGCGGGUGGGGAUAUCAAGUGGGAUACCAGUGGUCCUCUGUCUGGACUAAUUGGAAGCUUUGCCUAUUCUCAUAGGAAUGUGUUUGGUCGAAACCAGAAACUCAAUAUUUCCUUAGAGAGGGGCCAGAUUGACUCAAUAUUUCGUAUAAACUACACAGACCCUUGGAUUCAAGGAGAUGAUAGACGAACAUCUAGAACAAUAAUGAUUCAGAAUUCAAGAACCCCUGGAACAGUGGUUCAUGGUAACCAGCCUGAUAAUAGUAGCCUGACCAUUGGUCGUGUCACAGCUGGUAUAGAGUUCAGUCGACCAGUCAGGCCAAAGUGGAGUGGAACUGCAGGGCUUAUUUUUCAGCAUGCUGGGGUUCGUGAUGACAAAGGGACUCCUAUCAUCAAGGAUGGUUACAGUAGUCCUCUCACUGCGGGUGGAAAUACCCAUGAUGACAUGUUGCUUGCUAAAUUUGAGACUGUUUACACUGGUUCUGGCGAUCAUGGGUCUUCUAUGUUUGUCUUCAACAUGGAACAGGGACUUCCUCUUUUGCCUGAGUGGUUGUCCUUCAACAGGACGAAUGUGCGUGCUAGGAAGGGUGCUGAGAUAGGUUCUGCUCGCUUUCUUUUAAGCCUCUCUGGUGGUCAUGUGGUGGGAAAUUUCUCUCCCUACGAGGCAUUUGCUAUCGGUGGAACAAAUAGUGUGAGAGGCUAUGAAGAAGGUGCUGUGGGAUCUGGUCGAUCAUAUGUUGUUGGCUCUGGAGAAAUUUCUUUCCCGAUGUUGAGGCCAGUAGAAGGAGUCUUGUUUUCCGACUACGGAACAGAUCUUGGAUCAGGCUCAACUGUUCCUGGUGACCCUGCUGGAGCAAGGCUGAAACCCGGGAGCGGAUAUGGAUAUGGGUUUGGGAUCCGUGUGGAUUCUCCAUUGGGCCCUUUGCGUCUAGAGUAUGCCUUCAAUGAUAGGCGUGAAAAGAGAUUUCACUUUGGCGUCGGUCAUAGAAAUUAGAUGUUUUACCUGCCUCUCAGAGCUCACUUGAUUGUUUCCCCAUGUCCUACUGGUGUUUUGCUUUUGGGAGCCUCGCGAAAGGCUUGCUUUGUCAUCUGUGAAAAGCGUUUGUCAAUUUUUUUUCCGCCGGUUGAUACAAUUAGCUGUCCUGACGCUGUUUUUAAUUGUUAAAUGGUGAAUUUCUUGCCUGAAAUGGCUCUCGUCCAUUUUGAUUCCAAGGAGGGAGGUUGGUUCCGUUGUUGGGGACACAAGGGCCUCGGUUAGCAUGCCAAGACAGCGGCAUGUCGCUUCCCACUUUAGAGUAAUGAGACUCUGUGAACUUUUAGCUCUUAAGGUGUUGCAUUACCCGCUCCUUCGUCCUCUGUUGUAUAGUCUAUAUGCUGUUGGAAUUGAAGGGACAAUAUCGUGUGUAUUCAAUAUUCUUUGUAAUCCAUAGUCUCAACAUUUAUUGAU